AACAAGACUGUACAGGGAGGCAUCCCCAGCAUGGUGGGCGACCGGGUGCCCCCAAAGGCCAGCGCAGUGGUCAUCGACAUGGGCACAGGCACCUGUAAGGUGGGCUUUGCGGGGCAGGCCCGGCCCACUUACACCGUGGCCACCAUCGUAGGCUGCCAGCCCCAGAAGCCAACCACCACGGGGCAGCCGGUGCUGGCGACUUUCAUUGGCGAGGCCGCCUGCUCGGGCCCAGAUCUGACACUGGUGCAGCCGGUGAGGAAUGGCAUCGUGGUGGACUGGGAAGCGGCAGAGCUCAUCUGGAGCCACCUGCUGAAGCACGACCUGCGUCUGGCCCCGGAGGACCACCCGCUGCUGUUCUCCGACCAGCCCUUCAGCCCCACCACCAACCGUGAGAAGCUGGUGGAGGUGGCCUUCGAGUCGAUGAGCUCCCCGGCCAUGUACGUGGCUUCCCAGUCAGUGCUGUCCGUCUACGCGCAUGGGCGGGUCAGCGGGCUGGUGGUGGACAUAGGCCACGGAGUCACCUCCACGGUGCCCGUCUUCCAGGGCUACCACCUGCCUCACGCCAUCGAGCGCCUGGACCUGGCGGGCACCCACCUGACAGCCUUCCUGGCGGAGGUGCUGCUGGGCCCCCGCUGCCCGCUGCGGCGGCAGGACCUGGGCGCCGUGGAGGUCAUCAAGCACCGCUGUUGCUACGUGGCCCCGGAUUUCCAGAAGGAAUGCGCCCGACCGGAGCAAGAGUGCCGGCAGCGCCUGAGGCUGCCCGAGGGCCAGAUGGUCUCGCUGGGUAAGGAGCUCUUCCAGUGCCCGGAGCUGCUGUUCAGCCCCCCGCAGAGGCCUGGGCUGUCGCCCGUGGGCGUCCCCACCAUGGCCAAACGGAGUCUUAGCAAGGUGCCUGCGGAGGUUCGGGGCGACGUGGCCCAAAACGUGCUGCUCUGCGGCGGGUCCUCGCUCUUCGUGGGACUGGAGGGCCGCUUCCGCGCCGAGCUGCUGCGCAGUCUGCCCCCGGACGCGCGCCCGGCGGUGGCAGCCCAGCCCGCCCGGAACUUAUCGGUGUGGACUGGGGGCUCCAUCCUAGCCUCGCUGGGCGCCUUCCAGUCCUGCUGGGUCCUGAGGGAGCAGUAUGAGGAGCAGGGGCCCCAGAUUGUGUACCAAAAAUGCUACUGA